AUGGUGAGUACAACUGCUUCACCAAAGGAUCUGAAAAGGGUGCCCGCUCGAGUCUUGCUGACUCAUCCCCCCGCUGACUCCCUCCCACCUCCCACCCCACGCCGUCCCACCUCACUCAGGCGCGAGCACGCGUCGCACGUGCCUCAACGUCGGCCAGCAAAGGCAGUGCACUUACUCCAGCUCAAUCACGUUCCAUCAACCGAGCCUUCGACCUCGCUGCCUCGCCGUCGAGCACCACAAUAGCUCAGACCAGUAGCUCAUCGAGGAACAAGAAGCGAUCCCGGACGACGAUCGAGUCUUCUACCGAGAACGAAGGCGAGGAUGAGUACGAUAUGGCCAUUGGUCCGAGUGGGACGUCCAACUCUCGAAACGAUGCAACAACGGAGAAUGGAUGGCAAGGAGGGGGUGGGGGGUUUCUGCCGGAAGGAGAAGAGGCAGAUCAAGUCAACGGAGCAACGGCGACGACAGGAGGUGGCUUCAUUGUCGAGGAUGACGACCGGGCAGCUUCCACCAUAUCGCCUUACUAUGGUGGCGGCGGUGGCGGCGGAUUCAUAGCGGAGGACAGCGAAAUGGUCGAUGCAGGUGGGGGCGGAUUCCUCCCCGAACCGGAGGAUGUACCUCCGCUCGGAGGUGGCUUCGUACCCGAAGACGAUGACGAAGGGAUCUCAGAACUACCCGAUCUACCCGAUCUACCGAGUUUAUCCAAUUCGAACGACACAACUUUACCGCCACCUAAAUAUUCGACGAAUCUAAUUCCACUUCGGUCCAUCCCCGUCGCGAUCGCUUCGUUGAAUCUGCCAGCGUCGGAAAAGGAUUUGGUGGACCUCUUCAGCGAUGUUGCGGUCCCGAAUGAGGAAGGUGUGGAAUGUGUGGCCAAAGAACGAUUCGUGGAGGUGUGUAAAGCGUUCAUGGCUGGAAUGGACGACGAGGACGAGGAUAAAUCACCCGCCAGCGACGACGAAGAUGAUUAUGAGGGGGAUGCGUACGAAGACCGAGACGAAUCCGUCAAACCGAGUCGAAGAAGAUCGAAUCGGAGGUCGACUCGAGCGAAUUAUGUACAAGAUGACGAGCCGCUAGCCCCUCUCCCCGAAGAUUUCGCUCCAGAGGACGAUGAUGACGAUGACGAUGAGGAGUCCGACUUCGAGGAUCUCAACGGGUCAGCCUCCAAGGGGAAAGUGACCGCCAGUGCUAAACAGAGCAAGGGCAAAGGGAAAGCACGGACGACAAAAGCAGAGAAGCGAGAUCCAAAUCGGGAGUUGUCGAAGCAGAAAGUCGAAGAGGCGCUGGACACGUUUGAGCUUUUCUUUGAAGGCAGUGUCGACAAGAGGCCGCUCAAGGACCGCGCGAUCGCGAUGCAUGAUCUUGAACGAGUGGCGAGGUUGCUGAACGAGGAUUUGCCGGAAGAUGACGUGAGUGCGCCUGCCUGUCGAGAUGGUGGAUCAUAUUCCCUAACCCUAGGGAGCGUCCGUUGUUUACAGAUCCGCGAAAUGUGGGAUUACGCUGCGUCGACUCGUGGUGUUGUAGACCUAGAAGCUUUUGCACGAGUACUUGCACAAGCGCUUUAA